AUGUCUGGAUCAAAUCCUUUCCGCCCUAAGAAGCCCGAGAAUGCCUUCGCGCCGCCCAAUCCCUCCCUCCCCUCGUAUUCCACCACCUCCUUGUCCUCAUCCUCGAAACCCCCCGCCGUGACCUUUCCUUCGAUGUCCUUCCGCCCCGUCCCUCGAACCCCUCCAGCUUCUCUGACCCCGGAUCUCGACGACGCGGCCUCCUCCGAUGAUCAGUCCGUCUCGGACCCGUUUCACCAGCCCUCGUAUGCGACCGAUGAGGAUGGGGAGGAGGAUGAGCAGCAGGAUGUCGAUGAUCUGAAUCCCCGACGCACCUACCAGGCCGCUCAACCACCUCCCGGGGGCGAUGAUCGCUCCCAGCCAUCGAUCAGGACCCCUUCACGAUCCCCCUCGACGGAUGUAUCUCGACCAUCCGACUUGCGUCCUGGACCAGCCAGCCGGGCUGGCUCGGGCUUGCCCUCGUCAGUAGAAAUCAAUUCACGCCCUCCCGCCAGCCGCCCGGGAAACAGGGAUAGGAUACCACCCCCUCCGCCCAAGAGUCAUCACGGGAAACGGAUCGCCCCAAGCCCUGGCACCACGCCAGCUCUCACCCAAACCACCCCCGGCAAGUCUACCAGCCGGUUCUCUUUCCAUGGCACCCCAUCUGAGCCAUCAUACUCCCGCCGACCCUCCCAGUCGGGGUCGGACUAUUUCUCAGCCCAGCCCAGGGAUGAGCCAGCCCCGCCGCAGCCGUCAGAGUCGCUCCGGCGCAGUCAGUCGCAGAACAAGCGGCCACCAACGCCCCCGCUCAGCAGACGACACAGUCAGAUGAGACGGUCGAAGACCACGGCAUCUAAGGUCAACCCACUGCGGCUCUCCAUCCACGCGGCGCAGGAGUCCACGGCUGAAUCGUCGCCGCCCCCUAGUCCAGGCUCCUGGUCCUUGAACCCGUCACGAACGCGGGAGUCCCGCACGGGCAGUACACCAUCCGAGGAGCCUACGGACUCCGCGACCUCGUCCCUGCGUCCUGAAUCUUCUGCUGCGGCUGCUCCAUCAUCGCCCACAGAGGCAUUACCAUCAACGCCAGGGCCGUCGACCAAGCGGGCCUCGCUUUACAACCCCCUACCCCCGCCUCCACCGCCACGACGCUCUCGCGGAUCGAGCAACCACAGCAACGACAGCAGUGGACUCAGUCUCCGUUCAGGGAAACCACUCGACGAGGCACCAACGGCACCGGUACCAGCACCGGCACCAGCGCCGACGGAAGUCGAAUUCAUCCCCCACCCAUCGAACGCCAAUGACAUCUUGGCAGAUUUGACGCGGCUCCAAAAAGAAGUCGAUGACCUGCGUGGGCAUUACGAGAGCCGAAAGGCCAGCCAAUAG